GUGUAGAUCUGGCAGAUAAUGCAGGAGGUCCACCAGCAGGAAGAAAAGUAGAAAUAGGAUAUUUAAGAGGAUGUAUGAGAGGAAGAACCUUAGAAUGGUUUGAUAAUGAAAUUACUACAAAACGAAAUUGGGAGUUAAGUAAUUUACUUGAUAAUACAAGGCAGGCUAACUUAGUAGCUGUAAAUAGACGAACUGCAUUGUAG